UACAGGGCCAGGACCUCGGGGCAUCCGUCGUAAGGAUUGGGGGUUCCUGAGAUUCUUGGGAGGAGAGUGCUGAAUGGGACAGGAAAGGUCCAUGAGGCCCAGGUCCGUAAGGGAGGGAUUAGACAAAAUCAGUUCCUGGGAACCUGAGCGGGGAGGGGAGGGCAGCUUAAGAGGGGCCAGGGGGAGUGGUGGACCAGACAAGGGGGUCCAUUCAUUUGUUUGACAAGUGGGGGGUAGAGCGUAGAGCUGGGGCUUGGGGCAGCUGGGACUGUGUGACAGGAAGAUGUGGGUGAUUGUUGGGCCAGACUGGGGGCCAGGGAGAAGAGGGAAGGAAGUAAUUGGAGGUGCAGGCUUUUGUGUCAUGCCUGGAGAUGAGAGACUCAGGGUGCUGGAGGGCGGGUGUGUCAAGCACUGUCAGCACAAACGAGACAAAAUUCUCAUUCUCUCAGGCUCACCUUCUAUUGGGAGGAGAUGGGAAAAGAAACCAAUGCAUGAUUUAGUUUAUAAAUAUUGGGUGGUGCAUGGGGCCAUGAGAAAAAUGAGCAGGGGCAGGGGCUAGUGAGUACUGGGGGGAACCUUUAGGUGGCCCAGGAAUGCCUCUCUGAGAAGGUGACAUGUGAGCUGAGAGCUGGAUGAAGUGAGGUUGCACGUGCACAUAAUGAAGUUUCUCUACCCUUUCCUAGACCUCCUUCCCUCACCCCACCCCCAAGUGGAACAUUCCAGGCAGACGCCACAGGAAGCGCAAAGGCUUUGUGGCAGGAACCAGCUGGCCCUGGAGAAGGCCCCCAAAGAAAAAACCAACCAGCCAGCACGCCAGCAGCCCCGCCAGGGACCCACCAAUGAGGCACAGAUGGCAGCAGCAGCAGCCCUGGCCCGACUUGAGCAGAAGCAGCCCAGGGCUCGAGGCCCCACGUCACAGGACCUCAUCCGGAACCAGGUGAGAAAGGAACUUCCAGCUGAAGCGUCUGUCAGUGGGAGUUCGCAAGCCUCAGGGACUAACAUGGUAGCUGAGCCCAAAGAGGAAGGCUCAACUCACCUGGCGGCGCCUGGAGUGUAUUUCACCUGCCCGCUCACAGGGGCCAUCCUGAGGAAGGACCAGCGGGACACCCGAAUCAAGGAGGCCAUUCUCUCACACUUCUCCACUGACCCAGUAGCUGCCUCCAUCAUGAAGAUCCACACGUUCAACAAAGACCGGGACAGGGUGAAGCUGGGUGUGGACACCAUCGCCAAGUACCUGGACAAUAUCCAUCUGCACCCCGAGGAGGAGAAGUACCGGAAGAUCAAGCUGCAGAACAAGGUGUUCCAGGAGCGCAUUAACUGUCUGGAAGGGGCCCACGAGUUUUUUGAGGCCAUUGGCUUCCAGAAGACAUUGUUACCAGUUCCGGAUCAGGAGGGCCCCGAAGAGUUCUACGUGCUAAGCGAGGCCGCCUUGGCCAAACCCGAGAACCUGGAAAUACACAAGGAGCAGCUGCUGUGCGGCGAGCCUGUGCGGGCCACACUGAUCCGCCAACGCCGUGUCUUCCGGCCCUCACCCAUGGCCUCCCAGUUUGACCUGCCCCCUGACUUCUUCAACCUCACGACUGAGGAGGCCAAACGGGAGCAGAAGCUCAGGUCUGAGGCGGUGGAGCGGCUGAGCAUGCUGCGGACCAAGGCCAUGCGGGAGAAGGAGGAGCAGAGGGAGAUGCGCAAGUACACUUACACACUGCUGCGUGUCCGUCUCCCUGAUGGCUGCCUCCUCCAGGGGACCUUCUAUGCCCGGGAGCGGGUGGCGGCACUGUAUAGCUUUGUCCGGGAGGCCCUGCAGAACGACUGGCUGCCCUUUGAGCUGCUGGCCUCGUGUGGGCAGAAGUUGUCGGAGGAUGAGAACUUGGCCUUCAAUGAGUGUGGGCUGGUGCCCUCAGCCCUCCUGACCUUCUCGUGGGACAUGGCAGUGCUAGAGGACAUUAAGGCCGCGGGGGCUAAGCCAGACUCAUCUAUCCUGAAGCCCGAGCUCCUGUUGGCCAUCGAGAAGCUCUCGUGAAAUAAAAGCAGGGUUGGCUUCAGCCCCCAUGGGUCUGUCUCCUGCUUCCUCCACCUCUGCUUACGUCCUCAUUCUCCCUCCACUUCAAGGCCUCCCAGCCUCCUCUGGGACUGCCCAGCCCAUGGGCAAGGGAGAGCGACUGGUUGGCCUGUGACCGCCACUGAGGGCUUUCAAGCAACAGCUGCUGUGCUGUCCUUGGUAGCAUUCUCCAGCUGCUAUUUAACCUAAUUAACGGAACCCCAGGCAUGACAGACCUGGGCACCUCCCUGGAUAGGAAUAGGCCUGCAGCUUGGGUCCAGGCCCCAUGGCUGGCCCUGAGGCUGUCCUGUGGAACUGCUGGUGAUAGUGGCAUAAGAUAGAGAUGCUGGGCCUGGGCAGAGUUCUGUAACACUAAGUUCUGAAUCCAAAUAAACAGGCUGUUUGACUAGUC